GCUGCGAACCGAUAACGUUUGGGAAUAAAUCAAUUUUUAUGCAGCAAAAUUGUCUGUUUGAUUCGCUUAUUGCAUACGAUAUUAUCAUUUGUGCGGAGGAAUCGGCAUAGAAUUGUGUGUUUUAUAUUAGUCUCCCUAAUUACAAAUCCACCAUGCCGGUGGGAAAGAGUAAUAAGAUGCAGGCCCACAUCGGGUAUCGUGUGCGUGUAACACUGCGCGAUUCGCGGAGCUUUGUGGGGACCUUCAAAGCUUUUGAUAAAUACAUGAACCUCAUCCUAUCCGACUGUGAGGAAUUCCGAAAGAUCCGACCAAAGAACAAGCAGCAAGCGGAGCGCGAGGAAAAACGCGUGCUGGGUUUCGUGCUGCUGCGCGGAGAAAAUAUUGUCUCCAUGACGGUUGAAGGUCCGCCGCCAAACGAGGAUGUCAUUCCUCGCGUCCCGAUCCCGGGAAUGAUGCCCGGCAUGGGUGUGGGACGGGCAGCCGGUCGUGGCCUGCCCAUGUCGGUGCCUCCGGGCGCGUCAGCGCCGCCCACCGUCCCUUCGGGAUUGUCCGGACCAGUGCGGGGUGUGGGCGGACCUCCGCCGGGUGUCAUGGCACCGGGUGGUGUCCCGGCCGGAAUGAUGCGGGGUCCGCCGCCAGGCUUCCCCAUGCAGGGACCACCAGGAAUGCCGGGUAUGCCACCACCACGCGGUAUGCCGCCGCCACCGGGCGGAAUGAUGCGCGGACCACCGCCGGGAAUGCGACCUCCGGGACAGUAGUUCGCCUUAUUAAAUUCGCAUUCACGUGUAUCCUAUUGUUUUGCCAUUAUGUUGUUUUAUUCCAUUUGAUCACUAGAUGGCACGCCCAUUGUUGACUGAUCUAAAAUAUUGUUGAAACGAACCUCGAGGUUGUUGUAUUGUAACCGUGUUGGUCCUUGGAUGUUAGGUUUUUUUUAUUUCGAGAUUCAGUUUGCGAAAUGUUUUUUAUGCAUUUUCGAAUUAGUAGUUAGUUUAGCUAAUGACUGACAACACCGCACGUCAUUUUAUUUGAUUUGCACGCCACUGUGUGCUGGUUCGAAGAAUAAUAUACU